UGUGUUCUGGAGCCAAUUGUCUGUUUCAAGAUUGCAAAGCUUAGUGCAUUUUCUUGUCUACUUGAAAAGCAGUGAAACAAUCGCGAUUAAGGACAUUUUAAAAAGAAAACCUAAACCUAAUUUUUAGUUCCCUCCUCCAACUAUCGUGUAUCAACCACCGCCUACCUCCGCUCCAAGGCGGCAUUCAUCUGUGAAAGGACCUCAAGAUUCUACCAUUUCAUUCCCUCGCCUACCCUCUCCGCCAAUUUCUGCAGUUCUCCCGAAUUCAGGUAUGGUGGGUUUAUCUCUCGGAGAAAAACAUUUCAUACAAGGUGGCAUUGCUCAUGAUCUUCGAUGUGAUGGUAGAAAGAGAUUGACAUAUCGACCAAUCUUGGUUGAAACUGGAGUGAUUCCCCAGGCAAAUGGUUCAGCUCGUGUCAGAAUGGGUGCCACAGAUGUCAUUGCCAGUAUUAAGGCUGAACUUGGAAAGCCAAGCUCGUUGCAACCUGACAAAGGAAAAGUCUCUAUAUAUAUUGAUUGCAGUUCGACUGCAGAGCCAGCCUUUGAGGGUAGAGGGGGUGAUGAGUUGGCAGCAGAACUGUCAAAUGCUCUUCAAGACUGUCUCUUGGGUGGUAAAAGUGGAGCAGGUGCUGGAAUUGACCUUUCAUCACUUAUUGUGGUUGAAGGAAAAAUUUGUUGGGAUCUUUACAUUGAUGGUCUUGUUGUUAGUUCAGAUGGAAAUUUGUUGGAUGCUCUAGGCGCUGCCAUUAAGGCUGCUUUGUGCAAUACAGGUAUUCCAAGAGUCCAAGUUGCUGCUGGAGCAUCGAAUGAUGAGCAACCGGAAGUUGAUGUAAGCGAUGAGGAGUUUCUGCAGUUUGACACAUCUGGAGUCCCUGUCAUAGUUACACUAACUAAGAUUGGGAGGCACUAUAUUGUGGAUGCAACGUCAGAAGAGGAAUCACAAAUGAGCUCUGCUGUUUCCAUCUCUGUUAAUAGGCAAGGGCACAUCUGUGGCAUAACCAAACGAGGAGGUGUAGGGCUGGAUCCAAGCAUCAUUCUUGAUAUGAUAUCUGUUGCCAAGCAUGUAAGCGAGCAAUUAAUGAACAAAUUGGAUUCAGAAAUUGCUUCUGCUGAAGCUGAAGAUGAGUCAUGACACAGAAGAGCUUGGAUAUAACUAGGUGUACCGUAUCAUUCAAUUAUUUAGGACAAUAUGUUGUAACUUGGUAACUGAGUCGGGAUUAAAUCUAUUAUGUGUAUGAUGGAAAUUGGUUUGCCUGUCUAGCUAUGGCUUUGAGAUGACUGUUUAAUGCCAUACAAAGUUUCAACUUGCACAAACAAUUGCUUGGUAGCAUUAAAGAUUGA